UAUGAAGGGGCAUUCCUGGAACAGUCCAUGUUGCUGAACACCCGUUUUGUGAUCAAAAAAAGACACAAGGAGAAACGAAUACAAGAAACCAUCAAAGUGUUUCCAUGUGCAACAAUGUGGCAUGAGACCUAUGAUGAAAUGAUGAAGAUUAUCAUCUCUAUGUUCAGGCUCGAUAAAUACAGACCAAAGACCAACACAAAUACCGAUGAAGAGUUUGAAUUCCAUAUUUAUUUUGAUGAUGCCUUCAAGAAAGUCGGAAAUCAGCGACUUGCUAAUGAAUAUGCUGAAACUCUUGUGGAAGUCAUUAAAGAAGUUUACACCAUUUUCAGUGUAGAGAAUCCAAGUAUUUUUGAGAAGAUCCCGAAGCUUCCCCGUCAAAGGAUUAUAAGCACUCCGUAUGGAGGUCGUCUGGAAUACACCCUUCCUAAAGGCAACCUGAUGAUGGUUCAUUUUAAAGACAAGACGAAGAUCCGUCAUAAGAAAAGAUGGUCUCAGAUAAUGUACUUGUAUUACAUUCUUGGCUGGAGACUUAACAGAAAGUACUUCAAGAGGUUCGAGGGAGGUGCAGAAUCUGCAAUUCUCAAAGAAAAACUGAAGAGAGAGAAGGAGAACACAUACAUCUUGGCUCUGGAUGGUGAUACUGAUUUCCAGCCAUCUGCAGUCAUGCUAUUAAUUGACAGACUGAAACUCUACCCGGAUGUUGGAGCUGCCUGUGGUAGAAUUCACCCGACGGGCUCAGGGCCUAUGGUGUGGUAUCAAAAGUUUGAAUACGCUGUAGGCCACUGGCUGCAAAAGUCUGCAGAGCACGUGCUCGGCUGCGUCCUGUGCAGUCCUGGAUGUUUCAGUCUUUUCAGAGGGGCGGCACUCAUGGAUGACAAUGUCAUGAAAAGAUACACAACUAAACCCAGUGAGGCCAGCCACCACGUUCAAUAUGAUCAGGGUGAGGACCGCUGGUUGUGCACUCUGCUGCUCCAGCAGGGAUGGAGGGUGGAGUACUGCGCAGCAUCUGAUGCCUACACAAACGCUCCACAGGAUUUUAAAGAAUUUUACAACCAGCGCAGACGCUGGGGACCCUCAACUAUGGCCAACACCAUUGACCUCUUGGGCUCAGGAAGAUUGACCUCACAAAGAAACAGCUCGAUCUCAAAACCUUACAUCUUGUACCAGGUUAUGAGCAUGGCAGCUUCCGUUUUGGGCCCUGCUACUAUCUGUCUGAUGAUAGCAGGAUGCUUUGUGUUUAUCUUCAAAAUGAAUGAAAAUGGAGCCCUUGCUUUGGCCGUAGUGCCCCCUGCUAUCUACCUGUUACUGUGUUUUAAACUCAAAUCCGACACUCAGAUUACAAUUGCAGCAUUAAUGAGUGUAUUUUACGCAUUUAUUAUGGCAGGAGCAGCUCUCUCAAUCAUAGGUGAUAUAGUAGUGCAAGACACCUUCCUGACCCCUAGUGGCCUGUUUCUUAUUAGCAUGGUGCUGAUGUAUCUCAUCACGGCUGUUCUACACCCUCAGGAGUUCUCACUGGUCAUCUAUGGAUUUGUAUAUUUCCUCAGCAUUCCUAGUGGUUAUCUACUCUUAAUCAUUUACUCCAUAGUCAACAUGAACAAUGUCUCAUGGGGUACUCGUGAAACCGGUGGCAAGGCUAAAACUGCAGCGGUCGGUGCUUUUAGGAAGGUCAUGCAGGCUUUAGGUUCUAAAUGUCCAUGGUUGGGAUUGCCUCAAGAUACACCUGAGGAGGCACUAGUAGUAGAAAACAAAGCAGUGACUGAAAUCCCACACGCUGAAGCUCCCGUUGAAAAAGAAAGGCCAUUAGAGGACUCCAUUAGUUUUGAUCAAAAAGAUUCACUAUGGAUCAGUCAUUUGCAAAAGAAAUAUGACUUGGAUGAGUCAACACUUACAAUGGAUGAAUGUAUAUUUUGGAAAAAACUGCAGAAAAAGUAUCUAGAGCCCCUAAAAGAGAACAAAGAAGAGCAAGAAAAAAUCGCUGAUGAGCUGAGAGAACUGAGAAAUAAGGUGACAUUUGUUUUUUUCUUCUGCAACGCACUUUGGUUAGUGGCAACAUUCUUCCUUCAAGCUAUUGGUGACACAGUCUCCAUAAGGAUCCCGAAAGUCUAUCCCAAUGGGACUUAUUCCCAGACCGAAACAUUUUUUCUUGAUCCAAUUGGACUGAUGUUUCUACUUAGCUUUGCAAUAUUGCUGCUAAUGCAAUUUUUUGCAAUGCUUUACCACAGAGUCUAUACAUUAAUCCAUUUUGUGGCGUAUGCUGAUACAGAACUCAAAAAGUAUAAAAAACGAACUCGGAUUGCACAGAUCCAAGAAAACCAGCCGAAGGAGAACGAGCCAGAAACAAGCUUCUGUAUUCAAAACCCAUCUACACGCAGAGGAUCUAUGGUAUAAGAUCUUGAGACCGAACUCUCCAUUAGGAUUGAUUGUACUGUAGUUACCAAUGUAUUUUUAACAGAAUGAUUGUAAUGUUUAUUUAUUAGAUGCAUUUUUUUAUAAGAUUCAUUAGAUUGUUUGUUAAAAUGUUAAAAAAUUUGCCUGUUACUUUGUAUAGCUUUGUAUUGUAUCUUAGUGUGCGUUUUUGUCUUUCUCUUAAGGAAGUAAACCUUAAAUGUACUGUAUGUACAGUUGUGCAUGGGCCUAUAUAGCUAUUUCUAUAAUUGUAUCCUUAUUGUGAAGUGUACUUUUUGUUUUUUUAAAUUGUCUUUCUCUUAAGAAAGUAAACCUCAAAUGUAUGUACAGGUGUACAUGUAAAGGUGCCUGAUUGAAAUCUAAAAUGUAAAUAAAAGUUUAUAUGCAAAUUCA